AUGAAUGAGGAAGAACUGUUGAAACGGUCUGCCGCAGAGCGCGAUAGGAUUUUCAGCUGCUAUGAUCGCGGUAGGGAGGGUGCCGAGAUUGAUCCCUGGGAAGAUCCUGCCUAUGAGGUGUACCACACCACAGACAGAUAUGGAUUUAUACACGAUAAGAGAUUACCACAGAAGCCGGAUUCAUACCAGAUCAAAUUGCACCAUGUGGAGAUGGAGAGACUGAAGAAAUGGGAGAAGAUGACGAAACAGUGGGAUAGUGCCUCGACCAAGGAAAAACUGCGCCGUAGAAUAUACAAAGGAAUCCCCAACAGGUUUCGCGGUCAAGUAUGGACCCUGCUGUUAGGCAUAAAAAAUCUGAAGAAGGAGCAGGCGGGCAAGUACGAGGAGAUGCUGCAGCUGGCCCGCCAAUGGUCUACGGAGAUACGACAGAUCGAUGCCGACGUUGCCAGACAAUACAGAGAUCACAUUAACUAUAGGGAGAGGUAUAGCAUAAAACAAAAGUCCAUGUUUUACGUACUGGCUGCCUACAGUAUGUACAACAUGGAGGUAGGAUAUUGCCAAGGAAUGUCCGUGCUAGCUGGUCUGCUGUUACUUUACAUGGACGAGGAAGACGCGUUCUGGGGCCUUUCUGUGUUGCUUGCGGAUCAAAAAUACAGCAUGCAUGGUUUCUACGUCGAUGGAUUCCCGAAAUUAAAUCGCUUUAUAGAGCACCAUGACAAAAUAAUGAACAAAUUUCUGCCGAAGUUGAAGCGAAAGAUGGACAAGUGCGGCUGCGAUUCCAUACUUUACGCGUUGAAGUGGUUCUUCGUUGUUUUUCAAGAGAGAACCCCCGUCAGUCUCGGUCUUCGUAUUUGGGACGUAUUUCUGUUGGACGGCGAUCGCAUAUUGCCAGCGAUGGCGUACACCGUGAUGAAGCUGCACAAACGUUACCUGUUGCCGAUGGAGAGUCUCGAUGAAUUCUGCAAUUAUCUGCAGAUUAAGCUGGAGAAAGACUUUUGCUUCGACGACGACGCCGUGGUCAGCACGAUGGAGCGCAGCAUGGAGGAGUUAAAGCGUGCCAAAUUAGAUUACCCGGGCCCUCCGUUGCCGCACGAACUACCUCGUUAUCCGUUUGGCACUUUCAAGGAGCCGUCCUUUACCAGCAAGGUUGGAAGACGAAGCGAGGAGUUUAGCGAGGCUCAGCAUGUAAUGCGAGAGUCCGUGGCGCAGCGCAGGGACAUGGCACUGAUCGACGAUGGCAGAGAGAGCACAACACCCGUCGAGCCGACCAGUGGCCUUGGCGGAAGCAAAUUCUCCUUCGAUCCGAGCCUCGAGGAAGGCACGUCUCCCAACGGCUCCCGUCGAUCGUUGGCCGAGACAUCGGUGACAUCGACAGCCGAUCUGUCGGUGUUCAGCUCGGCAACGCGUUCCCAGGCACUGGAUAAUAGUUUGGACACCCAGAGCAAUAUCUCAAACGCCAGUUCGGGCAGCGGCGGUUUGCCAACGCCGCGAGCGACACCGCAUCAGCCCAGUCCGGACGUGGUGCGUAUCUAUGUACCGUACACGUCGCCUACGUCAGCCGCGGCUUCGUAUAAAGACGACCUACCGCGGACUCUACCACGCUCCUUAGAUACCAACAAGAUUCGUAUCCGCGUCGACCCGGAUCAGACGCCCAUCGUUGAGCACUUGAAACCGUUCUCCCUAGAGAGCCCGGAGCUAGAACUAGACUUGAAAUAAAGUGAGUCAAUUGAACAAUAUGCGUGCACAAAAUAUUGUUGGAUGCGGAUUGAGAUACUAUAAAGUUAAAUAAAUGUGAUAUGCGUAAACAGAGUGUCGUAGAAGUCGCAUAUUUCUAAUGAAAAAGAAUAUAAAGAGAUGAAAUAGAGAUAAUUUCAUAGUAAUGUUAUGGUUAAUUGAAUUUCAAGGAUGAUAACGAACCAGUAAUUUAUAAUUUUCGUUCAGAAGACAGCUGAAUUUAUAUUAAAAAUUUUAUUUUAUUUUCAAAGAACAAUCGGCAACUUUUAGCACACUCUGUAUACGUAUAUAAUACACAUAAAUGGACGCUCGUAAGAACAAUGAUAGAUACAACAGCUAAAUUUCGUGUUAAAUUUCCCCUCUCCCUGAACACAGAAAAGAGGUUUCUUUAUAGAAAGCGCGUCAAUUGAAGAAUUAAAAUUUAGAAGUAGAAGAAAAAUAAACAUGAUGUACCAUUUUUAGAAAACGUAAUCUUAAAUACUAAUUACAAUAUAAUCUUUGAUAUACGUUAUUCUUAUAAAUUGCAUUUCAAUUGAAAAGAAAAAUUUUAAAUCGUAAGAAUUAAUUAGAUUUCACUUUUGAAAGAUCUACAAGAAUCACAUAACUAAUUACAUUCCAAUUUGUGACCUAAAAGUCCAAAAAGAUCCAAGAAGAAUCCACUUGUUUCCAUUUAAAAAAUUUUAAACAGAGCAGAAUAUUAACAAAAUGUUUCAAUCCAAGAAGAUUAAAAUAAACGAGACAUUGUCGUUACGUUAUGGCCUAAUUACGUUUGUUCAUUAAUAAACUACACUGCAUUGUUCGUUGUAUAGUAUCACACACUCGUAUUUGUCACGCAGUCUUGCUUGCAGUCGACUUUUUUGAUCCCUGUGAGAGAAGAGAACGCGUCUAAUAAUUAUAGGAUUUGCCGAGCCGAAAUAGCGCUAUUAAUAUUUCGGAUUGCAAUUAAGAGUUAAGAUGCAGAUCAUGUUGUACAUAAGCACACAUGUACCUAGAGACAAAUCCAUUUUCUUAAACAUAACUGUUGUAGAAAAUUGAGUUCUGUUAUCAAAUCCGUCAGAUAGAGAUCCCGACAGUAUAAAUCUCGUUAAACUUUAAUGUAAUCGAAUUUCGUAGCGUAAUACAUGAGAAAAUGGAUUUGUUUCUGGAUAUGACGCGUUUCGCCAUUAGAUAUUCUGCUCAGGAUACGUCGUGUUCCGUCUUGAUUAGAUUAAACCUAAGAAAAAGGUAUUAAUUAGACGCAGCUGAUCAACGACGAUUUAUCUCCCGGGCAAUUUUACUUAAGUUUAAGCUGAGAAACGAAUUUAUUGAUUAUGCCUGUUCCCUCGAAACAGGAAACUACUCUUGCUAAUAUAUUAAGUAUUAUACUGCCUUAGUAACAAUCAACUUGUCACUUUAUCUUAAGUUUGUUCUUUAAGUUAAAUUGUUCUCUCUCUCGUCUCUUCUUUUUAUAUUUCACGUACAGUGUAAGAAAUAUACUUUUGUACAUAUGCAUAAUAUUUAAAAAGCAAAAUGGAAAAAAAGAAAUAAGGUUUUACGUCGAAAAGUGAAAGGAGUUCCUCAGAUAUAGCCGUUGAAAGCCUUCAUUGUGGAAUGUGAAUAUUGAACAGUUCUUUUCUUUCCCUGUGUUAUGAUGGUAUUUGUAUUAUUAUUUAACUGUGUGAAGCGUCGCACUUGGAUGUGUGCUACUUGCUUUCGAUUUCGCUAACAUUCCCGAAACACGCGCAGUAUUCCUCGAUGUAUAUACAUAUGCAGAUAGAGCCUAAAGUUAUCCCCCGUACUCAGCAUCUAUUGUUACACCUAAUAAUAGUAGCAUAAGAAGUGAUGUUGAUUGAAUAGAUAUUAAAUGUUGAUUGUCCGGAUCUUUAUCGUGUUACGCAAGAACGAGAUUAAUAAGAUUAAAAACAAGUGAUUUACAG